UUCUCCUCCCCCAUUUUCCAUAGAAAAUAAAAUUACAGAUUUUCAUGGAAAAUCAGUAGCUUAGUUUGUUCUCUCCGACUAGUUGACUGUGAACAACGACAACAGCAAACGAACUGAUCGGAGAUCGCUGUUCCUUUUUUUAUUCUCCGGAAAUGGGAGGAAAACCAGAGCCGGUGAACGGAAGCGCCAAAUCGGCGGCCGUGGCGGCGAAGUCGAGCCCAGAUCUGUUGAGCAGCUUCUCUCUCAAAUCCCUAAAAUUGAAGACGAAGCAGCAAGAGCUCCUGAUCCGUGUCUCCAUCCUCUGUCUCGUCUAUGUCUUGGCCUUCAUCACUCGCCUAUUUAGUGUUCUUCGCUACGAGUCCAUGAUCCACGAGUUCGAUCCCUAUUUCAACUACCGCACGACCCUUUUCCUCACCGAGAAAGGUUUCUACGAGUUCUGGAACUGGUUCGACUCGGAGAGUUGGUAUCCACUCGGUCGGAUUAUCGGCGGUACGCUUUAUCCAGGUCUCAUGGUCACCGCCGCUCUGAUUUACUGGACUCUGCGGUUUCUACGCUUCUUCGUGCACAUCCGUGAGGUUUGCGUUCUGACGGCUCCGUUUUUCGCGUCCAACACUACCGUCGUCGCGUAUUUCUUCGGAAAAGAGAUCUGGGAUUCAGGAGCUGGGCUUGUCGCAGCUGCUCUGAUCGCCAUUUGCCCUGGUUACAUUUCGCGCUCCGUCGCCGGUUCUUACGAUAACGAGGGUGUCGCCAUUUUCGCUCUGUUGUUCACUUUUUACCUGUUUGUGAAGGCGGUGAACACUGGGUCACUGGCCUGGUCUCUUGCCUCCGCCUUUGGCUACUUCUACAUGGUUUCGGCUUGGGGAGGCUAUGUCUUCAUCAUUAAUCUUAUUCCACUUUACGUGUUGGUGCUGUUGAUCACUGGAAGAUAUUCCAUGAGGCUGUACAUUGCUUAUAAUUCUAUGUAUAUCUUGGGAAUGCUGCUCGCUAUGCAGAUUCGCUUCGUUGGUUUUCAACAUGUUCAAUCUGGGGAGCAUAUGGCCGCCAUGGGCGUCUUCUUCUUGAUGCAGGUGUUUUACUUCCUCGACUGGGUGAAGUACCUCCUCAAUGAUCCCAAGAAGUUCCAAAACUUUUUGAGCAUAACUGUGACGUCGGCUGUCCUGGUCGGUAUUAUUGCUCUGGGUGUAGGAACAGCGUCUGGCUACAUUUCACCAUGGACUGGCCGGUUUUACUCAUUGCUUGACCCGACAUAUGCAAAGGAUAACAUACCCAUCAUUGCAUCUGUCUCUGAGCAUCAGCCUACAGCCUGGUCUUCUUUCAUGUUUGAUUACCACAUUUUGCUAUUCCUUUUCCCGGCGGGUCUUUACUUCUGUUUCAAGUGCUUGUCAGAUGCCACUAUAUUUAUCGUCAUGUACGGUCUCACUAGCUUGUACUUUGCUGGUGUUAUGGUCCGGCUCAUUCUUGUUGCCACCCCAGCGGUUUGUCUUAUCAGUGCCAUAGCUGUCUCAGCCACUGUCAAGAAUUUGACUUCACUACUAAGGACAAAGCAGAAGGUUGCUCAGGCUGGAUCCACCAAAGGAGCAGGUAGCUCAAAGGCUUCUUCAAAGGUUUCACUUGAUCAGUCGCAACCUUUCCAGAAGAAUGGUGCUAUUGCACUUCUUCUUGGCGUAUUUUACUUGCUUAGUAGAUAUGUUAUUCACUGCACAUGGGUAACAUCAGAAGCCUAUUCGUCUCCCUCCAUCGUCCUAGCUGCCAGAGGUGCUCAUGGGAACAGAGUUAUCUUUGACGAUUAUCGUGAGGCUUACUACUGGCUCAGGCAAAACACUCCCCAGGAUGCUAAGAUCAUGUCCUGGUGGGACUAUGGGUACCAAAUCACUGCCAUGGGAAAUAGAACUGUUAUAGUUGAUAACAACACAUGGAACAACACUCACAUUGCCACUGUUGGACGAGCCAUGUCGUCUUAUGAAGACGAGGCUUAUGGAAUCAUGAGGUCACUUGAUGUGGACUAUGUAUUAGUUGUCUUUGGCGGGGUCACUGGUUAUUCUUCAGAUGACAUCAACAAAUUCUUAUGGAUGGUGAGAAUUGGAGGCGGGGUAUUCCCUGUGAUCAAGGAACCCGAUUAUCUCGUGAAUGGAGAGUAUCGUGUUGACAAAGGAGCAGCGCCAAAGAUGCUGAACUGCCUCAUGUACAAGUUAUGCUACUACAGGUUUGGUGAGCUGGUUACAGAAUACGGCAAGCCCCCCGGGUACGAUAGGGCAAGAGGGGUGGAGAUAGGGAACAAAGACAUAAAACUGGAACACUUGGAAGAGGCGUUCACGACGUCCAACUGGAUUGUCCGAAUCUACAGGGUCAAGCCCCCGAAGAACAGGUUCUGAUUUUGAUCAUUAGAUAUCAUAAUAGCUUCGGUCUUUUUAUGCGUUGUUUAGAGUUGCAGUCCCCUUCUGGACUGUCUUAGGGAUAUGAUCAAAAGAUUUUCCGAUUUUAAGACUCGUUUAUGUUUAUGCUUCAACGUUAGAUUACCCAAACAUCACUUGGUUUAUUGAAUGUUAAAAAAAAUAUCA